AUGUUCAUUUAUGAUGAACAUCGUUCCAAAUAAACUGGAAACUUUUGGACUUAACAACUGAUUAACUUAUUUUUCUAUGAAAACUGGUAGAGUUAUGAUGAUAUUUAAAUAGAUACCCUGAUUGAUGAUAUGAAGUAGUAGGAAAAAAUAAAAUCUACAAUGGGCCAAGACAUUGAUAUGAAUCAACAAUUUCCUGAAGAGUCUUUAAGUGAUUUUCUAGAUAGAAUGUAAAAGGAAGUAACAGAAAGCUAUGAUGGAGUACCACUUUCAGUGAAAAUAUAUUAGGCAUGUAACUCAGAGCCUGAGUUCUAAAAUUACAUCAUAGAUCUACACUACUAGUAUUAUGAUGAUGCAGUAUACUUCUUCUAAAAGUAUUAUAGAUAAAUACUCAUGAAACUUCAUAAGGAAGAACUUAAAAGUAAUGAUUUACAAGGUGGCUAUGUAGUUAAGUUGAUAUGUGGAUAUGGAAAUGGGAGAAAAAAUUAGAAUCAUAAUGGAUUAAAGGAAAAAUUUCUAGAAUAUCUAAGCAUCAAUUAUUAUGAUUUUGUAUACCUAGUAGAUCAUGGCACAUUUUUAAUAAGAGCUUAGCAUUGGUUCGAUAAAUAAUGUUGA